GAAUAAAUUAAUCUCAAUAUGGCGCUCCGUGUAAGAAUUCCUCGUGGCACGUGUUCUUUGUUCCGUUGUUUGGAGAAGAGGAUUAAACACUCAGAGAUGGCACCAUGCAUACGCUGGAUUGAUAGGGCACGGACUGAUACAGUACGCAUCAAGAAAGAGGAAGCCUAUCAAGAUAGUCAAAACUCGCAAACUAGCAUACUUCGGACAUGUGAUGAAACAUCGCCGACAUUCUGCAACUCGUCAAGCAAGGGAAAAUUAAUGUGUCGACCAGGUGCUAUGGCAACACCAUAUUUUGCUGCUUGAACACGUACCUACACUGCAAGACAUAAAAAUGCAGGGACAAACCACAAAACACAAAAACAAAACGACAG